ACAACCAAAACCCUAAAAUCAUCUCCUUUGCCAACAAAACUCGCUCCUUCAUUUCGUCUGCAGCAGCCGCUCGUUUUCCUGGGUGAGGAGAGAGAGAGAGUAAGAGAGAGAGUGAAGAAGAAGAAGAACAACAACAUCAACAAUGGAGGCUGGGAAAACUGUGAAGGAUGUUUCUCCUCAUGAUUUCGUCAAAGCUUAUGCUGCUCAUCUUAAGCGCUCUGGAAAGAUGGAGUUGCCUCACUGGACUGACAUUGUCAAGACUGGAAAGCUCAAGGAACUCGCACCGUAUGACCCUGACUGGUAUUACAUUAGAGCUGCCUCAAUGGCAAGGAAAAUUUACUUGAGGGGUGGACUUGGAGUUGGUGGCUUUAGGAGGAUUUAUGGAGGAAGCAAGAGAAAUGGUAGCCGCCCUCCCCAUUUCUGCAAGAGCAGUGGAUCUGUUGCCCGUCACAUUUUGCAGCAAUUGGAGCAAGUGAACAUUGUUGAAAUUGACCCCAAAGGAGGAAGGAAAAUCACAUCAAGUGGCCAGCGUGAUCUUGAUCAAGUGGCUGGCAGAAUUGGUGUCGAGGUGUAGGAAAGCUGUUCUGCGAUCCGACAAAUGCAUCAAUCAUUUCGGAAUCUUUUUAUUACUUUCCAGUCAAAUGGAAAUUAGGUGUAGAGGGACGUAAAUCAGAUUUCUACCUUUGCCUAUGUUUAUUAGUUUUGUGAUGCUGUGCUAGUUGUCUGAGUCAAUUUUGCUAUGAAGGUCGAAAGACACAGGGUUAUUUUUUAGAAAUAUAUCAACUUAAAUUUUGGCUUUGUGUCUUGUGUUCAUGCUACUUUUGUGACAACCAUCUUCAUUACUAACAAUGACAUGUUUGCAUAUCUAUUCCGUA